AUGGCCGACAGCUCCCAGCCUGCCUUUACAAUUAAUGCACAGUUUGUCAUGGAAGACGACGAUAGUGUUGGCGAGCCUCAAAGGUUGGCCAUCGCGGCCGACCAAGUACAUCCCACCCGAAACGACGAAGCCUUGUCGUCGGUGGCGCUCUGGGUCGGCGUGGUGAUGAUAUUGUCCUUUUGGGCCGUUUUUCUCUUGCUAUCCUCGCUGUUUGUCUACAAGGUUGCGGCGGAGCGGACGUACGCUAUCCAAAACCGCCUGCAGCUCCGGUCCGAGUCUAGGGCGACGGCUCCACCUUCAAAUGUCUGA